AUGAUGGAAGAGGUGACGACAUGCCCCAAUCUCGAAUACAUUCCCUCUCUGCCCCAAAAAGUGAAACAGAGAGGGUCAACAACUUUUACACAGAUAACGAGUGAAGAUCUCAGAGUGAACGGAUACAGUGCGAACGACGGCCGAUCUAACAUGGACUCUCUAAGUUCGAUGCACUCUCUUGUCCUUAAUUCGAAGACUCCAUCUGCAACGGUAUUUGUAGCGGCGACCCAAGCAGAUCGACCCGCGAGCACGCCUAGCUCAGACGCUCUCACCGCCAACGGUCCACACGUGGUCACGAUUAGAAUAAACACGGACGCUGAAAAACCUAAAGCGCCAAAAAUUUCGAGUGUACAUCUUAAAAGCGAUGUUGAUUUUGAAACCUUUAAAAUUUGUGACACGAAGAAAAAUAAUAGUUUAGUGAGACUAAAUGUAGAUGAAAAUCAACCGAAGAUCCUGGAUAAUGAAGAACAGUUUAAGAUGGAUAAGGCACCUUAUAUAUAUUGCAAUUCCUACGUAAAUUCAACUAACAUGGUUAUGUCAAGCGGUCAAUGCUCGCCGAGCGAUACACUCGAUUCUGGGACAUGUAGCGAUCUAGACGGAACGCCGCCGCCGCUUCCCAAAAAGAAGACUUCGAAGCUGUCUUCGAAAAAAACUGUAUCUGUUACAAUGAUAAGCUCAACUAGAAACAUUGGCGAACUAGAUUUUGAAGAUAACGAUUCCAACUUGUCGUGUGAUUCACUUAACAGUAGCGAGUUUAAUGGAAGCGUGCUAACUGACGAAAUUCACAGUGAUGAUAUAAGUAAAAAAGAAAAGAAACAGUCUUCAGAGCCACCUGUGGCUCCAAUUAUGCCGCCGUUUACUAUGUCUAAAGUAAACAACAAAGGAAGUAGCUUUCUACCACAAGGUCUUCUACAAGAUAUUAUAGACCGUUCGACGAAACUCAAUACAGUCGAAACUGAAAGUGAUUCGAGCGACCAAGCGCACGAGGAAGUGAGCCAGAAUAUUAAUGAAAAUGCUAAUGUAUCAAAAGAAAGCGCACAGCUAACGUCGUUCCGAUUAGUAUCACAGUUGAAUAGUGAAGCGAAGAAUAAUAGUAGUGCGGAGUCAUUGCCAGUAAAUUUGGAGAAGAAGACGCCUUUGAUAAGUGAGAGUACCUACGAAGAAAGGAAGAAACAGGAUAAAAUGAAACAAGAGCGUAUAUGCUAUAGUAGUCACUAUUUCGAUACAGACAAAUUUUAUGAUUUCCAUCUGAACGAGAAGCAAUUUGACGAUGUGUCUGAAAAAAGUGCUAGUGUAAAUAACAGUGUCUGUGAUGAAACAUUAGAACUGGAAUAUUUUGCUGGUGUGAAGGAUUAUAAAAAUGAAGACCCUCCUUCAACAAUAAAAAGUUCCAAGGGAACAAUACGCGGUGUUAAGAACCGCGUCCGUGCCGGCAUAGCAACGUUCUUACAAAUGCAGAGUACAACAAAGAGCUAUAAAGAAAAAGACGCGGGCAAAGUCGUCGUGUACACAACUACGAUGGGUAUAGUCAGGAGCACGUAUCAACGCUGCGUGCUAGUGAAGAAAAUCCUCAGGAAUUUGCUCGUGAAGUUCGAUGAAAGGGACGUGUUCAUGAGCACCGAGUACCAGGACGAGAUACGGGACAGGAUGAAGAGCGACCAGAUACUGGUUCCGCAGUUGUUUGUCGAUGGGCAUCAUAUUGGGGACGCAGAUACAGUUGAGAAGCUAAACGAGUGCGGCGAACUGCGAAAAAUGCUGAAGCCAUAUAAGAGUCCCGAUGCCUGCAACACGUGCCAAGUCUGCGGUGGCUUCCGUCUUCUUCCGUGUCGCAUUUGCAACGGCUCGAAGAAGAGCCUCCAUCGGAACCACUUCACCGCCGAAUUUGUUGCUCUUAAAUGCAUGAACUGUGAUGAAGUGGGCCUUGUCAGAUGUGAAGCGUGCUCCUGA